AUGUGGCCUAGGUUCCCUGAAUUUAUCCGAUUCAAGACCUACCGAGUUUUGAGAGCUGUUGAAUCAUAUCUCUAUGGGUCUACCACGAGAGGAGUUCAGAGGCUAACAUUCGGAAUGUACCUCAAAUAUGGCCCUGAAUACGACGCUGAAUACCACACCGGAGAAUCCAACGCUCUUAAAAUUGUGCGAAGUCGGACUUCCAUCCCUGUUCCGAAUCCCAUAGAUCUCUUAGUCUCACCCACUGAGUCUUUCCUUGUGAUGUCCCGCAUCGAAGGCGUACCCGCCGGACACGCUAUAGACGAAUGCAGUGACGAGGAGGUGCAUCAGAUGGCUCAAGACCUGCGUUCCUACAUCACGGAGUUACAUACCAUAGAACUGAACAAAGACUCCAAAUACGCCAUCACCAACGCAACCGGGGGUCCUUGUUUGGAUUACCGUAUCGACAGUGAGCCAGUAGGUCCUUUUCCCACUGAGAAAAAAUUCAGUGAAUCAUUGCAGUUGGGAAUACUUCCCGGAUCGAUGCAUCGGACUGAUCACAAGACAUUCUUUACGCACGCGGAUUUGAAUAUGAAACACAUCUUGGUCAAGGAUGGGAAGAUCUCAGGAAUUGUAGAUUGGGAGAAUUCGGGAUGGUAUCCUGAAUAUUGGGAAUAUAUCAAGUGCCGAUUUUCGGUCAAAAUACACAAGCAAUGGGUGAAGAUGAUAGAUGAGACAUUUGAGGAUAAGUAUGAGGAGGAGUUGGCGAUUGAUAGGCAAUAUUGGGAUUACCAAAGCGCUUGGUAG